AUGGCGGAAGAGAAUCGCAAGAAUCGAGGCGUUUCAUCUGAAGUCGCGAUUCCUUCCGGUUUGAACCGGAUCAAGACUCGGUUAGCUUCAUCGGGUCCUAUACCUGAAGCUUCCACCGAUUCCGGAAACUAUGGUGUUCCGAAACCUCCUUUUGGCCGUAAGCAGAAAAAUAUUGUUCCUCGUGGAAAUGGCAGAAUCUCUGGCUCUUCCAAGCAAGAGCAUAAAGGGAAAAAGUUGUCGAGGUGGCUUGCUUCAUAUAAACCCAAGCAUUCAGAGAACCCUCCCAAAAAUGGUUGCUCGAGUAGUGAGGAUGUUAACUUCAAAACCAAGACCUCUCGUAAAGACGAAGAGAGGGUGGCCAAGCUAUCUGAAACUAACCUUCCCUCUUGCAAAGUGUCAAUCGGUAUAAAGAGCUUUUCCCAUGAAUUGGGGCCAAGGGGUGGUGUUCAAACUGCGACCCCUCGUCCCCACAGCUACAACGAUCUGAAGGAACUUCUCGGCUCACUUCACUCAAGAUUUGACGUUGCUAAGGAGAUUGUGGAUAAGAAGCUAGAUGACUUUGUCAUAGAUGUGGAAGAGGCUAUGGAGAAAAUGGAUCCAUCAUGUCCUGAAGAUCGAGAAAUGGCAGAGGAGUUACUUAAGUUGGCUCAAUCCUGUAUAGAGAUGACAUCUGCUCAACUUCGUGCUACUUGCGAGUCUAUUGUCCAAGACUUAACCAGGAAAAGGAAACAGUGCCAAGCAGGACUUGUGAAGUGGUUCUAUUCGCAGUUGCUUUUUAUACUGACUCAUUGCACAAGAGUUGUGAUGUUUCAGAAGGAGACUGAGCCAAUUGAUGAGGAUUCCUUCCGCAAAUUUAAGGAAUGUUUAGAAAGCAUCCCUGCUCUGGAAAAGAAUUGGGUUUCCAGUUCUAGAGUUGAUGAUUCUGGUUCUAAAUAUCAGAGGAAUGAAGCUGGAAAAAAGUUCAAGAGACAGGACAAAGAAUCUUUAGAAGCAGACACAACUUUUAGUUAUGGGAUACCAGAUGAUCAUAGCAAUAACGCUGCUAGAGAAGGUUAUGCAGCUCCUAAUCAGGGCUUUCCAUCGCAGGAAUCCCAAUUUGAUAGUAAAGUGGUGGAACAAAAAAGUUAUUUAAGCGAUGAGUAUCAAGAGAGGAUGUCAAAUGGGUCUGGUAAAGAGUUAGGUGGAUCUGAUUAUGUAAUCUGCAGAAUAUGUGAGGAAGAAGUUACUAUCUCCCAUCUGGAACCGCACUCCUACAUAUGUGCAUAUGCAGAUAAGUGUGAAAUAAAUUGUUUGGAUGUUGAUGAGCGCCUUCUGAAACUUGAAGAGAUCCUGGAACAGAUAAUUGAUUCACGAAGUUUAAAUUCCUUUACUCAAGUUGGUGGCCUGGAAAAUACAGUUUUGCAGAAAUCUGGAGUUGCAUCUGAAGGUUGUUCUCCCAAGGUAAAUGAAUGGCGGAAUAAAGGUGUUGAAGGAAUGUUUGAAGAUCUGCAUGAGAUGGACACUGCCUUCAUAGACGAGUCUUACACAUUUCCUAUUAGCGUGAAGAGCCAUGUUGGGGCAAAAUUUUGCCAUCAUGGCACAUCUUCGUCAAAUGGGAGCAUCACGUCAGUAUCUUCAACAAAUACCCCCAGAACAAGUCACUUUGACUCUUAUUGGCUAGAGCGGCAUAGUCCAGAGCAAGAGGAUCUUCAACUGAUGAUGGACCUUUCUGACAUUGCCCGCUGUGGAGCAAGCACAGAGCUCUCGAAAGAGGGGUCCUGUGACUAUCUGCUUGCCUGCAUGCAAGACAUACAAGCUGUCUUGAAGCAGAGCAAGCUCAAAGCACUUGUUAUAGAUACAUUUGGGGGGAGGAUCGAGAAACUUCUCUGCGAGAAAUAUUUAUAUGCUUGUGAAAUGAUUUCUGAUAAAAGUUCAACGGGCAAUGUAAAAGAGAGUGAAACUGUCUUGGAGCAUGCAACGCAAAGUUCCGGAAUGGCUACUCCGCACGUGCUGCAGAAAGAUAGGACAAGCAUUGAUGACUUCGAGAUCAUCAAACCAAUAAGCAGAGGUGCCUUUGGUAAAGUCUUUCUUGCACGCAAAAGAACAACAGGGGACUUCUUUGCAAUAAAGGUACUCAAGAAGUUGGAUAUGAUAAGGAAAAACGACAUCGAGCGGAUACUGGAAGAGCGAAAUAUACUAAUAACUGUCAGAUACCCCUUUGUGGUUCGGUUUUUUUAUUCGUUCACCUGCAGUGAUAACCUCUAUUUGGUGAUGGAGUAUCUUAAUGGCGGUGAUCUAUACUCUCUGCUCCAAAAAGUUGGCUGUCUUGAUGAGGACAUUGCUCGUAUAUACAUUGCGGAACUGGUUCUUGCAUUGGAGUACCUCCAUUCUCUAAAUAUUGUGCACCGUGAUCUAAAGCCUGAUAACCUAUUAAUCGCUCACAAUGGACACAUCAAGCUGACAGACUUUGGGCUGUCAAAGAUCGGUCUAAUAAACAACACAAUUGAUUUAUCUGGCCCCAAGUCAGAUGCGUCUCCAAGAACAAGUUCUCGUCAAUUUCAGAUGAACCAAGAUGAAGAAAGAAUUCGGCAUUCAGCUGUUGGGACACCUGACUACUUAGCGCCGGAGAUUCUUCUUGGAACUGAACACGGUUAUGCUUCUGAUUGGUGGUCUGUGGGAAUCAUCUUGUUUGAACUAAUAAAUGGGAUCCCUCCUUUUACAGCAUCACGCCCCGAGAAAAUAUUUGACAACAUCCUCAACGGAAAAAUGCCCUGGCCAGAUGUGCCUGGUGAAAUGUCAUAUGAAGCUCAGGAUUUAAUCAACAGGUUUCUUGUCCAUGAGCCGGAAAAGCGACUGGGGGCAAAUGGAGCUGCAGAGGUAAAGUCGCAUCCCUUCUUCCGAGGUGUUGACUGGGAGAAUCUUGCUUUGCAAAAGGCUGCUUUUGUACCACAGCCUGAGAGUAUAGAUGACACGAGCUAUUUCGUACAACGGUUCAGUGAAAAGAGUUGCAGCGAUACUGAAUCUGACGACAAUAACAGCGAGUCAUAUCCAAAUUCAGGAGACGAGUUGGAUGAAUGCCCCAACCUGGCCGAUUUUGACUCUCCACCAUAUUAUCUAUCGCUCAUUAACUUUUCUUUCAAGAAUUUGUCACAAUUGGCUUCAAUCAAUCAUGAUGUGUUGUUGCAAAAGGAUUCAGCCAAAGGAGGAGGAGGAGGAGGAGGCUCACCGUUUAAUAGCCAAACGUAG